AUGCUGAAAAUAUCAAGGCAGCACGGUAAGGAAAUGGAGAAUGUUGUGAAAAAACUCACCUUGACACUUCCGGGAACUUUCAAUGGUGUCGCUAGAUUCAAAACGAACGUCGAUGACAACGAUAUAAAACAAAACACGUACAGAAUGACCGAUAGACUUUCGCUUGAACAAUUAGUUCAUCUGUCCUUGGGUGAUCCCGAGACAGGCGCAGUGAAUUUUAACGUACUAAAAGCUCUUCUUUUACAAAUGCUUCGUGCAAUGAAUUUAUAUAAUUAUAAGCCGAUCAUGUCCGAUGAUGAUCAACAAACGCUCGAAGACGCACUUUCAACAUCGACAAAUCAACGCGAUGAACUUUCAAUUAGCAUCAAUCAAAACGAGAUGAAGAAAAAGUUACAAAUAAACAAACGUGAUCGAAGUUCCGAUCGUCUCAAUACCUUAGAAGAGAAAGUCUUUCGGUUUGAAUCUCAAUUGAACGCGCUGGAUCAAAUACCAUCCAAUACCGAAUUAAUCGACCGAGCGAAGCAAAUACCAAAGAAAGCUACGGACGAAUCUGAUCAGACAACAGAUCGUCAAGGUCCAAUAUUAGAAGUCUGGCAAUAUACACAAAUGGAAAAACGAAUUGAAUCAGCUGAAAAUGGAAUAACACGACUUGCUUCAUUACUUCAAGAUCUGUUAUCUGAUAUGAAUGAUUUGAAAGAAUCACAUGAAACAUUGCGUCGAGCAGCAGAUGAACUUAAAACAACAAUCGGAUCGAUCGAUAAAGAUAAACAUGAAUGGGCAAACAAAUCUGAUCUUGCAAAUCUGGAUGAAAAAAUUCGGAAUUUAGAGAAUUUAAUUUCCUCACUACGAGAUCGCUUCAAUGAUUUACCAAAAGAAACUGAUACUCUAAAUGGGCAUGCAGCACUCGAUUUGAGUCAAUUUGUUACCUGGACUCAAUUCGAUGGUGCACUCAAUGACAUUCGGCAAUCAAUGGAAAAACUUUCCGUACGAGAUAAUAGUCGAUCAUCUCCCGCGCACAGUCAAACAAUAAUACGAGAAAAGGAAUUAUCGGCAGAUGGAUUAGCCGAUGUUUUUGAACAACUCCGAUCAUUGAAUGAUCGAUAUGAACAAUUGAAAGAAUUAACCGAUGCACUUGAAGAAAAAAAGCUCAAUCGAGAAGCAUUUGAUGAUUAUAAAACAAAACAUAAUGAUUUUCUCGAUCGUCUUGCUGCAUUCGAACGAGAUCUAGAUGGUAUUCGAACGCAUGAAACAACCCUCAUGUCAAAUAUCAACAUAGUUCAGAAAAAGUGCGUCUUCCUUCCUUUAACGUCUGCACAAAAUCGCAUGAAUUGGAAAAGAUUAGGUGUUCAUUUACGUUAUGUAUUUUAUCAAAUACGAACAUUUAACGAACCCAAUAUACGUUCAUUGCUUCUUAAAAAAUUUCAACCAAUCAAAGAUUUAUUUGAACUAAUUAUUGAAAUAUUGUUUACAACUAAUUGGAUUGAUGAUAAUCAUAAGCGAUUAUCUAAUGUUGUCUCCGGUGGUGACAUCAAGAAAGACAAUACGACUGUACAGUCAAGAGCGGAUUCGUUCGGUGAUUUAUCCGAUUUUCGAACAGCUUUGCAGCGUUUACGUGAAGAUUUGGAUCGGCUCAAACAACAAAUUCAAGAUUUAAUUAAAAAAGGAAAUUUAUCAAACGACGAACUUGACACUUUGAAAAAAUUAAUUCAACAAUUAGAUCAAACAAAAGCUGAUAAGAUCAAUGUUAAUAAUGAACUUGAUAAGAAAGUAGACAAACGAGAUUUGGACACUCGAGUUUUGAAAAAAGAUUUCAAUGCUGCUUGUAAUGAUCUAUCGCAAAAUAUCAACGAUUGUUUGCAGAAAUUUCAUGUGCAUGAUGAUAUACAAAGGCAGGACAUACAAAAGAUCAAUCGUGAUAUAAAUGAAAAAUUAGAUCGUGCCGAACUUGAUGCACUACGGGAUUAUGUGGAUAAACAAAUGAAGAAAUUGAAGAAAUUAGCAAAAGAGCAGCAGCAGCAGACACAACAGCAACAUGUCCAUGUUAUGUCAGAAGAUGAGGCGGCUGGUUUACGAAAACAGCUUAUUCGUUUUCACUGCAUCAGCUGUGAUCGUCCGAUUGACGUUCAACCGCACCCACAGCAGCCGAGUCUACCCGUAAAUCAGGCUAUGCGUCCUAUCCAGUCACCCCGGCCGUAUACAACUUACGAACUCGAUCAAAUACGGCAAUUUCAAAAGAGUCAACAGUUUAGUAAUGAUUUCAGUAGCGGCAUACCGGAUGUUUACGCAGCAAUGCGACAAUGUGGCGGUUCGCACACAACCACUCUACCAUACAAACGUCAAAUUAAAACUCAACCAUCCGUUCCUGAAGAAACCUUACUUGCCAGAAAUGAAGUGGAUAUCAAAGGUCAAGAUGGUGUCAUCUACAAAGGUAGAAUUACUGUGGACAAACUGCCAGCCGUCGAUCUGCAUAAAAAGAAUUCGGUUGUUUUACUUGCGCCUCCACCGCCGCUGCUACGAUCUCGUUCCGAUCCUCAUCACCAAUCACAGCCACGUGAAUCACCCGGUAAUGAUCAAGAUCGAAAUAGUGUCUCGCCUACCAUUCCCAAUCUUGGAUCAAUUAUACCCCGAGAAGAAUCAUUCACAUAG